UUUAUCGCCAAAUUUCGAUGGGAUUUUCCUUUUGUCGCAUUUAGCUGGAAGGGCCAAUGAAAACCAACGUGAAAAACUAACAAAACGUGAGCGGAAAAUUAAAUAAUUGAAAAGCUACUGUGUGUGUGCGUUGAGCUGAACUGAGCAGGUGGGGAUGAAAGAAAGUUUAAGCGAAAGGUCGAUAGAUAAAUGCAUUGUGAUUAUUCACUGGCUUAGCAAAUGAAAACGAAAUUGGCCAUUGACCACUCGACGCUGUCUACCCUUCGUACAUAGUCGAGGUAUUAAAUCAGCUUCGAAGAAAAAACCUCUCUCGCCAGUAGCAGAAAAAUCAAUAAAAAUAAAUGAAGACAAAUAUUCCAAAAAAAAAACAAAAAAGAAAACAGAAAAAUAAAACAAAAACGCAGAAAUCUUCACGUUCGCUCAGCUUGUCAAUAAACAAGGCAAAAUGUGAGUGAGGAGAAAAAAAAAACUCGCACAAAUACCAAAUAAAUUUUUAUUUAAGAGCAAAUGUUUGGCUAUGCAAACGGCGUGCCACCAACGGACAGACAGCAAGACUUGAAUUAUGGCAGCCGAACGAUGCGUUGACAAGACCAAAGAAAAUAUAAAAAAAAGAGCAAAGAAAUUAAAGGCCCUGUCAAUUGGCGCAACAUCAAAAAAACAUCACUGAAAAAAUAGAAAAAAGCAUAAAAACCAAGAUAAACUUUACUUUUAUUUGGCCCAAGCAGAUAUAUUUUUGAUGUGGCUUCUUUCAUGGGCUAACAGGCAUCAUGAAAGCGUAUCCAAAAGGGCUGCAGCAGCAAGGCAAUCGCAUUUGAAAUGAUGCGAGACCCAUGCUAAGUACGUGUCCCCAUAAAAAUUAUUAAAAAAAAAAACAGAAAUCAUCUUGUUUGAUGUUUUCGUUCGAUUGCACUUGCAGAGAUUUCUCUUUUCUUAAUUGGCUAACGAUUAUCGAGUGGCCAAAUUCCAUUUUGGCUUUGACAUCGUUAACGGAAUGAUGAAGUACCAAACUGAAAUCGCCAAUCGAACGAAGAGCGCAAUCAAGCUAGAAAUAUCACAUUACAUUGGCACAUUGACUCCUAGGUUUAUAUAUAUAUAUCUCUUAGGGAGUGCACUGAGAAAGAAAGAUGUUCGAAAGUUAUUUGGGCUUUCUAAUAAGGUUGGAAGAAAAGAAGUUCUGAUACAUAAAUAUGUAUAUCUUCGAUAGGGGAAAUCCACUUCCCUCAUUUAUUGAUCUCUUUAGUCAUUAUUACCUUCACGAUACCUAACUUUUUUUCUCCCUGUGCAAGCAGAAGUCGAGAGUUCACUUGUCUCUAUUGAAUUACCCCCGAAAAAGCUAGACGGCAAUUGAGCAGCAUUUUCGCUGUGAUUUCGCAACAAAUAAACGACUCUCAUGAUUGCAGCGAUUGCAGUGAAAUUGAGACGAUGUCCGUUGUUGUUGCUGUCAUUGAUUGAUUCCCCCGCUUAGCCAUUAAAUGCAAUCAAACUAACAAUAUUUGUCCUCUGGACACGCCCUACACACACCCCCCGCCAAAUAAAUCAGGGAAUCCUUAAUCAAUGAUUAAUAACUUUUCUAUAGAAACCUUUAAGGCCCUAAAGCUUUUUAUAGGAAAACUCCAAGAAAACAAAAAAUAAUCCCCCAGACGCGCUUAUUAAAUUGCCUAUCAAAACAAGGCCCAAACAAACAAAGCGAAACAAAAACCGUACAGAACGGAACAGAAUGUAGGCAAAUAAACAACUAGUAGAAGCGGAAGGAAGUAACGGCUGAAAAACAAAAGCUUACUUCCGGCCACCCACCCAUUGGCCCCCAAAACCAACACAAAAACCUUUAAGUUUAUGAAAUAUAAAUGAGCUUUGUGCGCAUUCAAACAGUAAGAAAUCCAAAAUUACACGCAAUUUAUGGAUGUAGCAGGUGCAGGAAGUGGGCGUGGUCGUUGGCCAUUAAGUUCGCUUUAAAGAGCACGCGACAAAAUAGCGAUACACUUGAGGAAAAUGAAAAUUAAUGUAUUUUUGGUUUAUUAAUAAACCAAAUUGAUAAAUUUUUGAUUUACAAAUUUAUCAAAGGAAUUUUCAAGAGAUUUGAAAUCACUUAUAAAACUGUUUAAAAGUAUACUACGAUUUAUUUUCAGCAUAGAAAUUAACCCAAUAAGUAGUCCUUAGCCUCUAUUUUAUUAAUAUUUUUCUCUCUGUACUAAAAGGGUUAUGAGGUUGUGGGCGUUGUACGGCAAUUACCGUUAAGCGGAUUGUAGUUUACGCUCUCUCUCUCCCUCUCUCUCUCUUUCUGUAUAGCCAUAUACACACACACACACACACACAGCAUAUACUAAGCUAGAACUAAAUGUGCAUUCUUAUAGUACGUUUUCAUUUUCAUUUCCCAUUUCCCGACGACAGGCGUUAUUGUUAUGACCCACUGGCAUUGCCACCUGUCUCGCUCUGCGCAUUUUCACACUUGUAAAUCAAUUAAUUUUACAGCUUAUUGUUGUUGCUUUUCCUGCCACUGCUACAGUAGUUCUGGGCAAUGGUCAUUUGGCCAUACUAUAUGUAUACUACAACUGCUGCCACCACCUGCUGGUUGGUCAUUUAGCCUAAGCGCCAGCUAAGCUCAAAAUGCUCAACUGGCCAAGGAUUGCGAAGCCUCUGCAAUGCCCCUCCCUCAACUGAAAAACCCUAGGGUUUGCAUGUGUGCGCGUGUGUAUAUGGGAAAUUUUGUUUCCCCUUUUUUGUUGUUUUUGAAAGCAAAUUGUUGGCUGUAAAUGUUGUUGUUAGCUGUUGGCUGUUAUUGUAGUUGUUGGCUGUUGACUGGAUUUUCUGAUUUGCUUGAGCGGCGACCGUUGAAAUGUAAUUAAUACGUGGCCCACAACUUGGGCAACAUUCGGGGUCAAUUGUGUGUAAAGGAGCUGUUCUGCAAUGCGGUAGCCGAAUGGUGAUUAUUAUGGCUCUAUAGGCAAGAAAGGGUUAAGAAGCCUGAGGGAAUUAAACUGGGAUUAAUUUUGGGAAAUAAACUGGUAAGGAUUUUGCCUUUCUGGGUUUGUGAGAACAUUUUUAUGAAGGAAUUAAAUCUACAGAAAUGUUUAGUUUUGAUUUUCUUUAACAGGGUAGGCUUUUUAUACCCCGUUUUGUAUUUUGGUUGUACAGAAAGUCAGAAGGUUUCUCAGAACAGGGGUGUAAAUAUCAGUUUUUAUCUUGUUUUUAUCUUAACCAAAUUUUAAGUGAAUGUCUAAAAGGAAUACAGUUUUUUUUAACAAAUUUUAACAAAAAUCCUAAAUUUUCCUCAACAUGUCUAAAAAUUCUUUGGAAAUUUCACCGAAUGGAACAUUAACCUUCACCAAAAUCAACAAUAAACAAGAAAUCGUCAUAAGAAAUGUUUCCCAAGAGAAGGUAACCUACAAGCUGCAAAGCACAGUGUUUGGCAAGUUUAAAAUGCGACCCCGUUGGGGAAUUCUGAAGCCCAACGAGCACUCUCAUGUCCUCAUAACGAUGUGCAAGGAUGUUGAGCUCUCGAAAAAGGGCAGGGAUAAGAUUGUGGUGGUCUGUAUGCUUUCGCCCAUCAAUGCUGUGGACUUCGACAUGACCUCCGCCUUCUGGCGGCACAAUAUCUGCUACGAUCCGGAUAUCGAGAAGCACCAGCUCACCUGCCAUCAAAUGGAUGGGGCUGGCGAGGGCGGUGACGACGACGUUAGCGAUAAGGGUGCAGAGUCGGACAAUCUAAGGAUUCACAGGGGCCAAACAUCAUGGUCAUCACCAUCAUCUUUCAGUAGUCUUCGCACACCAACCAAGUACUGGCGGUAGUUUUCGACUGGGCGUUUAGUGUUUUAUCCCCUUCAUACUGGAGUGUCAAUUAUCCCGCCCGACUAUUUUCCAGCCCUAAUGGCUGCAAUGACUAAGUAAUUGGUUAGCACAGCAUCAUCACUAUGCCUUGUCCUUUCGUGAGCCGCCUUCCAAUGGGUUUGGGCCAACAUUGUUGAUGAUGAGCCUUCAUUAAAAACUAAGAGCGUGUCUA